AUGUCUGUCAAUCAAUCAGAUAUUACUCAUCGUAAAAUAAUUCGUGCCAAAAUUACCAAGGCUUGCAACCAAUCUUUGAGUUUGACUUUAGAAGAAUUGAUUCAACUUCAAAGAGAAUACGACAUAAUCAGUGAAAAAUGUUUAGCCGAUUCGCCCCCUGAUUAUGAAGAUCAAAAAUCGAAGGAUGAUUUGUACAAACAGAAAAUUUCAGCAUUAAUCGUUCUGGAGCGUGCAAAAAAUACUUUAACUGCCAUAUCUAUCGUUGAUGAGGAAGCUGAAGAAUCUAUUUUAAUUCCGAAUCCUGUUCGUGCUUCAUCUCCUGUUAUCAAUCCUAACAAUUCAAUCGUUGAAAAUUCUACUAAUCCAUCUUAUCCUAUGAAUGUCCGUGCUUCUGAUCUUUUAAACUUCGAUGGUAAUGUCAUGAACUGGUUUCCGUUUAAAAUCUCGUUCGAAGAUGAAGUCAUCAAUAAUCCGAAUCUAAUGGAAUCGAAGAAGCGUAAUUUACUUCUUAAGGUUCUUGCUGAUGAUGCUAAGGACAGAGCUAUGGACCUUGUUAGGCAAGGUCAAUCUCUACGUUCUAUUUGGAUCUCGUUAAAUGCUUACUAUGGCGAUCCUAAGAAAGCUGACGAGUAUUUAUUGAAGCGUAUACGUUCAAUAGUUUUCGUGAACACUUCAUUCGAAUCAUCGAAAAUCGAAACCAUGCUUAAUGAAGUUCGACGAAUUUCUAGCGCUGCAAACAGCCNAUGA